UUUAGCAGAAAACGACGAAGCGUUAACAACGCAAGCCAACUCUCGAGUGUGAAACUUCUCGAAUACUUAACAUACCUAUAUAUUUCGUACAAAUAAUUAAUCGUAACAUAUAUUGAUCAAGAUUCGUUAACAUCGAAAGUUAUCGUUCAAAGCAUAAACUCAUUUUGACACGACACAACAUCGUCAUCGAAGAUUUUUCAUCGACUUUACGCCUUCGUGGACUUGUUGCAAAAAAGCAGACCUAACCUCAGUUAGCGCGAAAAUUUCUUCGCUCAUCGUCAACGACUAAUCUACGUAACGACAUACUUGCUGUGACACGCGAGGACCAUCAUAUUCACCGUGAGAGGGAAAAAUUAAAUGGCCGCUAUGUCUGUCAUCGGUAUUGACUUUGGUAACGACAAUUGUUACAUCGCCGUUGCCAGGGCUGGUGGUAUCGAGACCAUUGCCAAUGAUUACAGCCUGCGUGGAACACCAUCAUGUGUCGCAUUCAGUGGAAAAAAUCGUAUUCUUGGCGUCGCCGCAAAAAAUCAAAUGGUGACGAACAUGAAAAACACAGUCUACGGCUUCAAACGUCUCUUGGGGAGAAAAUUCAACGAUCCUCAGGCACAAAAAGAGCUGCAAUCUCUACCAUAUAGAACAUCGCAACAGGCCGAUGGAGGUAUUGGCAUUCACGUUCAGUACCUUAACGAAGAGCACGUGUUCACACCUGAGCAGAUAACAGCUAUGUUGUUUACCAAGUUGAAAGACAUCUCAGUAAAUGCCCUGCAGACUGCUGUUAACGAUUGCGUCAUUUCGGUACCCUCAUACUUUACCCAAGCAGAGCGUCAGGCUCUCCUCGACUCGGCCCGCGUCGCUGGCCUCAACGUUCUGCGUCUGUUUAACGAAACUACAGCCACCGCUCUGACCUACGGCAUUUACAAGCAGGACUUGCCAGCGCCUGAUCAAGGCCCAAGAAACGUAGUAUUCGUCGACUGCGGCUAUGCCAGUCUGCAAGUGUCCAUCUGUGCCUUCCACAAGGGCAAGCUCAAGAUGCUGGCCAGCGCGGCCGACAGCAAUGUUGGUGGUCGAGAAAUCGAUGCUAUUCUUGCCGAUCAUUUCAGUAAAGACUUUCUCGCGCGUUACAAGGUUGACGCGCACAAAAAUCCGCGCGCUUACGUGCGUCUUCUCAGUGAAGUUGAAAAAUUGAAGAAGCAAAUGUCAGCCAACUCAACGAAGCUUCCUAUCAACAUCGAGUGUUUCAUCGACGAGAAAGAUGUCCACGGCGAUUUACAGCGAACCGAUAUGGAAGCUAUGUGCGCUCAUCUUUUCAAACGUGUCGAAAGCACUCUCAGAUCGUGCUUGGCACAGUCAAAAUUGAAGUUGGAGGAUAUUCACUCGGUUGAACUUGCCGGUGGCUCAAGCAGAGUUCCAGCAAUAAAGAAACUUGUUGAAGAAGUUUUUAACAAACCAUGUUCAACGACCCUUAAUCAGGACGAGGCAGUGGCUCGCGGAUGUGCUUUGCAAUGCGCUAUGCUCAGCCCUGCUGUUAGAGUACGUGACUUUGCUGUCACCGACAUUCAACCCUAUCCCAUCAAACUUACUUGGGACGCCAGUCAAGGUGAAGCUGGUGAAAUGGAAAUUUUUGAACAGAAUCAUCAAAUUCCCUUCUCUAAAAUGCUUACCUUCUACCGUUCCAAUCCCUUCACUUUGACAGCAAAAUAUUGCAAACAACCACCUAAUUUCCCUACCUGUGAUAUUGGCUCAUUCACAAUCAAAGAUGUAAAACCAAAUAAGGAAGGUGAAUCAUCCAAGAUUAAAGUAAAAGUUAGAAUCAAUAUCAAUGGCAUUUUGACUGUGGCUUCUGCCUCACUGGUAGAAAAACGUGAAUCUCAGCAAGAUAAAGAAGAUGAACAAAAUAAUCAAGAGCAAGAUUCUAUGAACGUUGAUCAACCACCAUCAAAAGAAAAUAAAACUGAUCAAGAAGCUGAAGCUAAAGAGGCCCCAGCUACUGAAGGUGAUGAUAAGGCUGAGGAAGGUGCCAAGGGCAAAAUUAAAGUUCGUCUCAUAGACUUGCCAAUAGAAACUCAUGGCUUUGGUUUGAGUGUUCAAGAAUUAGACACAGCAUUAGAAAAAGAAGGUAAAAUGGUUGCAGAAGAUAGACAAGAAAAAGAACGAGUAGACGCUCGUAAUGCUUUGGAAGAAUACGUGUAUGAUCUGCGUUCCAAACUGUUGUCAGAAGAUCAAUUAGCCACUUUCAUAACAGAAGAAGAUCGUGAACGAAUUUGCCGUACACUAGAAGAUACAGAAAACUGGUUAUACGAAGAUGGUGAGGAGUGCCAGAGACAAGUGUACUCUGACAGACUCGCGAAUCUGAGGUCUCAAGGUGAACCAAUCAAAGACUUGAGAAUAGAAUUUGAAACUAGAGGCCCUGCAAUCGAAGAGAUGGCUCAUUUCCUACAAAUUGCGAAAAAGACUGCGGAUCAAAUUCGUGCUUCGCAUGAGAAUAAAGAGGGUAAAUGGGAUCAUAUCACAUUGGAGGAAAUCUCUAAAGUAGACAAAUGCAUUCAAGAAAAAUGGACUUGGUUGGAAGAAAAGCGUGCACUGCUAAGUAAAACUCCACGUACGCAACAACCUCCAAUUUACACUAAUCAGAUUCGAACAGAAAAACAGUCCGUCGAAAACUUCAUCAAGCCUAUUCUUAAUAAACCAGCCCCGAAAGUGGAACCCCCCAAAGAGGAAGUAAAAGACAAGAAUGAGAAACAACCACAGGCUCAGAAUAACGGUCAAUCCGGCACAGAAGAACAAAUGGAUGUCGACGGUGCUAAUGCACAAGCAGAAUAAUCUCAGGCCCCCUCACCUCCUCGUUCACUCAGUUAUAAGUUUAAUGAAAAGCGUAAAACUAUUUUGAGGCGUAACAAGCGAAUCAUACCUCGUCGCAGAAUAUAGCCAGUGCGAUUAAUUUUUUUCCUUUAGUACGAGCGACUAUUAUGCUAUUCCUGUAUGUAUAUGUAUUACUUCAUGGGCAUCGAAUGCAAUCAAACAUGUAUGUGUAAUAAUAUAUUGUGUUUGCGAGUUAAAAGAAAAAAAAUGACAAGAUGUUCAUGAAUUAGUGUGUUUAUUGAGAGAAAAAGUGAGCAUUUAUAUCUUAAUAAUUAUUAGGUAACGUCCAUGAGAGUAUCAGCUGCGUUGAGGAGUGAUUGUUUUUCGAAUAUUAGUUAACAUAAAUGAUAACAAAAAUUUCAAAACAGCACUUUGUUUUUGAUAACUCAUAAAACGUAAAUUCCUUCUUUUUAAUUUGAAAAAUGUUAAGAUUGUGGAAUUGAAAUGAAAAUAUGAAUGGCUUCAAUGAUAAGUAAUGUUUAAAAUUGACUUUUUCCCUUAUUCAUCCAUUUGUAGAACUCAUUUAUUAAUAAUUUAGUAGUGCACGCUAUCUCGAUAGCAUUAAUAAUUAUAUACGUAACGUAUAUUUUCGUUGUUGUCAAUAUUCCACAAGUAGAAAUGGAUUAAUUGUUUGAGCUACGUGCUCAAAUUUAUGAAGAUUUAUAGUCAGAGAAUUAAUUUUUUACAUGGUGUUUAUGCUCUUUGAAAAAAAUGAAAUUUUUUUGGCAAUUUUUAUCAAUUAAAAUUUUUCGCUUUUACGAGUUUCCGAUACAAUAAAAAAGUUUAUAACAAAUUCGUGGUAAAGAAUGUUAUAGGAAAAUUUUUCGUGUAAUUUUAUACCUUUGAAUCACUUAUAGACUAAACGUAUUUCUUGAAAAUCAUUGACAACAGUUUUAAAAAAACUGAUUCUUUUUAAAUUAUUUUUGAAAAUGUGAAAAAUAUCUUAUACACCGCCAAAGUAACUUCACAACUUACAUGUCUAAGAGUAGUAAAUGUAUGGUGUAACAACUGGAAACAUGUAGACAUGACAAUUGUAUUAUUCUAAAUUGAAUAGAGUUAAAUUAAAAUCGCUGGCGAUCUCAUUAAAAAUCGA